AUGGGCUGUUGUGGAAGCAAAGAAGAGCGUGACGAGGAAGAUGUCAAUGCACCACUGCUUAAUCAUGAAGCAACAAACGACAAUCGCAUGAACUAUCAAUCCACGGAAACAAUCGACGCAAAAAAGGAACAAGAUUUCUGGAAUGAGGUCAUUGAACGAACAACACAGCAAGUAUCUUACAGCCCAUACGAUAUACUUUAA